GGCGAGAUCAGAAAAAGUGUCGAAACACGAUUUUCUUAAACAACAACGCAGACGAUCGAAAUAAAUGAUGGAAUUCUGUCACCGCGAACAUCCGAACGUGGCUUCAGAACCGGAAGUGACGCAGCGGACAGCAGAUGUGCAGCAGGUACUGGGAGCUAAAGAGGACCAGAAGGACCAAGAUCACCCACAUAUUAAAGAAGAACAGGAGGAACUCUGGACCAGUCAGGAGGAAGAGCAGCUUCAAGAACUCCAGGAGGAUGAUGUCAUCAAGUUCACAUUGAAAACUGAAGAUGAAGAGAAUCCACAGUCAUCACAGCUUCUUCAGCUCCAAAUGGAGGAGAGCAGGGAGGUGGAGCUUCGAGGCAGCAGAUCAGUGGAACACAUGAAAUCAGAAGCUGAUGGGGAAGACUGUGGAGGACCAGAACCAGGCACAACCACAGAUCCGGUUGCAGGUGGCAAGACUCCACAUUUUUCUGAUACAGACACUGACAACAGUGAUGACUGGAAGGAGUCCAGAGAUGCUCAGUCAGGCUUGAACUCUUCCAGAAAGGACCGUGUCUCUGUAAGUCAGUGCAUCUCAAACUCUGUUGCCAUGGGCCAGAAUCCAGCAUGCUUUCCAUUUCUCCCAACUCUCCUCACACCUGCCCCAGGUGUCAGUUGCCUCCACUCACCUCACCUGAGUGAUGGAGAACUCAGUCAAGAGCGGAGAUUAGUGGGAAACGUGCUCGGCGCUGGCCUUCAGGAUCUGAGAUCCAGAACCACUGCUUGCCCUGAUAAGAGUUCUAGUCCUGACAUGAAACCAUUCAGCUGCUCUGAGUGUGGGAAAAGGUUUUGGUACAAAUGGGAUAUGAAGUCACACAUGAGACGUCAUACAGGAGAGAAACCCUUCAGCUGUUCAUUUUGUAUGAAAUGCUUUCGCCUGAGUGGACAAGCUGACAAACACGUGAGAGUUCACACAGGAGAGAAACCAUAUGUCUGCUCCGUUUGUAAUAAAUGUUUUACACAAAAAACUCAUCUGACCAACCACAUGACAGUCCACACCGGAAAAAAGUUCCGUUGCAGCGUUUGUGGGAAAAAAUACUGUAGAAAAUCUUAUUUGAAAAACCAUAAGUGUGUUGAUGUUGCAGACGCUGACAUUAAUCCUUUGUAAAGUCUUCUGCUUGUUAAUAUUCGGGUCUGAGUCGAUGUUUUGUGUAUCAGCAUCUGAAACAAGGUCACACGAAGGGCCGGCUGCCUGCUGCAGGACAUGUCUCGCUGAUGGACAUGUCUCACUAAUGGACAUCUCCCACUUCUCAAGGUGACAUUAAUGACUUUAAAAACCACAUCACUGUCGUCUCUUUAAGGGAAACUGCUCGGUCAUUGUGGAUGAUUAACUGAUUGUGGAGACUCGGGGCUGCACUCUUUGACCCUGAGCCUGAGGAGGCGGAGCCACAAUCCACAGACAGAAUCAAGAUUUUGUGUUUGUCUUGAGCGCUCUGGAACUGUGUGUCCUUUUUUAACGCUGUUUGAUUUCUUUCCCACGUCUGUGUGGUCAUGUUUCACGAAGGACCGCCUCCACGCACCUCAUCGCAGCACAUUUACACUGUUUGGACUCUCAGCCAUCUCUGACCGACGUUCAGUUUCUGAUGUCACAUCCUGUCUGUCAGUUUGACUGACAGCUGUUUUUAACAUGUGGGAUGAACUACAUCCAGAUAAUGGAGAAUCUCUUGACAAUGUGUAGAAAUUAUUUAUUUUGUGUUCUCUGCUGGGGGCGUUGGACUACAUUAUCAUGCGAUUGAAACAAAUCAGUAAAACCUGAGGCUCAGCAAUUAAUUUGAGACAAUUUAUUGUUUAAACAUUUUUGUUUGGAAAUAAAAGUUAAUUUGGAUAACUGGAGCAGGCUCAAUUUAACACUGGGGGAAAAUAAAUACAAUUAAAAUGGUUGUUGCCCCACAAAUAAAUUAUCUAACCGUAAUGAUACCUAUAUGCAUCCCUCAACAACUAUUGUUAAGAUAUAAAAAGAUGAUAAAUUGCUUUCUUUGGGUUGGAAGGAAACCCAGAAUUCACAUAGAGAAACUAUACCAACCAAAGAAAGAAGGGGGCUUGUCUUUACCAAACAUAUUUUAUUACAGUACCUCUUUUUAAAUGGCGAAACUUGCAAAACAUUGGGGUGGAGCAAAUUAUGAUUUGGACUGGAUUCUCAUUGAGUAAGAGCUUACUUGGCCUUUUAAACCCACUGAAGCCCUGUGGCUCAAUGUGGCUAAAAUUCUAAUACACUCCAGGAAAGUUUGGCAGGAAGUACAUAAAUAAAAAAUUUCCCACAACACCCAAACAUAUGCAUCUAUUUGGCACAAUCCUAAAAUAAAAAUAGGAAAACAGACAAUUUAUUGGGCCCAGUGGUUGAGAAAAGGUAUCAGAAUAUUGGAUGACCUGUUUGAGGGGGGUAGUUUUCUCUCUUAUGAGCGAUUAAGAGAAAAAAUUAAUCUGGAUGGAAGAGGACACUUCUGGAAAUACUUACAGAUUAGACACUGCAUUAAAGAAAAGGUUUCUGUAAAUAGAGAUAUACACAUAAUCAGGCGUUACAUACAACUGCCACCACCAUCCCAAAAAGCAUCCAAGUGGUACGAGAUAUGACCGUGGAAGACUAACCAGGACUGUGGUUAUUUAAGGAGAAUAUGGGAAAAGACCAGAGUUGUGCACUGGAUGAAAAAACAUGGGGAGGAAUUCUUUUCAACACUGAGGAGUACAUCAGAGAAACCAGGAGUAAAUUUAUUCAGUACAAAAUAAUACACAGAUAUUAUUAUACUCCUGCAAGACUUUCUAUAAUGAAAUUAAUGGGAGAUGAUUUAUGCUGGAAAUGUAAGGGAGAAUGUCGCACAUACAUGCAAUGUUUAAUGUCCAAAGGUUUUUCCUCUGUGGGAAAUCAUUUUGGACUAUUUAGGAAACUGGUUGAACUAUAAACUCCCAAGAUCCCUGAGACUGCAUCUCCUUGGAGACAGAUCAGUAGUGCCACACUAAAAUAAAUUUAAAUUCUGAAUACUGAAAGCUGGUCUAUUAACCUGCGCACGUCUGAUUCUAAGAUGUUGGAAGGAACCACAAACUCCCACACUGGCUAUUUGAAAGGUUCAAAUAAUGCAAACAACUGCAUAUGAAAAAAUGCUGAUGAGAUUGAACGGAGGCAAUACGGGGGUUGAUGAACAAUGGGAAAGUUUUAAAGAAUAUAUGUGUAGAAGAAAUAAUGUAAACGUGAAAAUUGGUGAAAUGUCCUGGACUCAAUGACUGCCUUCCCUAUAGUAGAACAUCUGUGUUUUGAUCAUUUAUGACCGACACUGCCUGUCCCAUAAUUUUUUUCCUUUCACUGUUCAAGGAUAUUGUU